UUUUUUACCUGCUCCCAAAAAUCAAUAGCGAAACCAAAAUCCACACCCACACUCUCUUUAGUGAGAGAAAGGAGAGGCGAGGCGACGCUGGCUUCAUGCUCCAAUUCAUGUUUAAAUUUUGUUGCGGUUUUGCAAGUUGACAAGGUAGGGUUUUAAGAGCGAUUUAUUGAUCAGGGACUUUUGAGGUUGUUACUUGUUACACUUCAACAAUGGGGAAAUCUCCUGGAAAGUGGAUGAAGACUGUUCUUUUUGGGAAGAAGUCAUCAAAAUCUAAUCUCUCAAAAGAUGCUACUUUAGACAAAAAGACCUCCAUUACCCUCAACACACAAUCAAACGAUCUUGCUGCUGAUUCUACUAUCAUAUCAACUCCAGUGUGCCACGUCCGCAACAUAAAUGGAGAAGAAUCAGAGUUAGAGAAGAACUCCAGUUCCAGUGGCAACUUAAUAAAUGCUGCAAAUGAUGAUGAGUUAAUCAGACUAGAACAGGCUGCUACUAAGGCACAAGCAGCUUUCAGGGGAUACUUGGCUCGAAGGGCAUUUUGGGCACUUAAAGGCAUUAUAAGGCUCCAAGCAGUUAUUCGUGGGCACUUGGUGAGGAGACAAGCUGUUGCAACUUUACAUUGUAUGCGUGCAAUUGUUGAGUUUCAGGCAGUUGUUCGUGGUCAAAUAGUCAGACUUUCCGGAAGCUCUCCUCAAAUUCUUCAAAAAACUACUCCAGAAGAACAUUUGGAUUUGCAAAAGGAAGAGGUGGACUUGCUUCAAACAUCCCUCAAAUCAGAGAGGCUAUCUACAAAUGCAUUUGCUGUUAAGCUUGUUGCUUCAUUAAAGACCAAAAUGCCCCUGAACAUCCAAUACGAUCCAACCGAACCCAACUCAGUCACCAACUGGCUUUCCCGUUGGUCAACUUCCCACUUCUGGGACCCACUCCCACCACUCAAAAAAAGAAAACCAAUUAAAUCACAAUCAAAAAAACCAAAAACCCCCGAAAAUAAUUCAUUAAAUUCCUCGCAAAACAAAAUAAAUACAGAGUCAAAUGGGAAGGAAAAUGAGAAAACAAGGAGAAGAAAGUCUUUUCCAGUAAAACAACAACAUCAUGUACCGAGUUACAUGGCAGCAACCGAGUCAGCAAAGGCUAAGCUGAGAGCUCAGGCGGCGGCAAAGGUGGCGGAAGAUGGCGGUGAAAAUGGUUUUGUCAAUGUCCGGCGGCAUUCUCUUCCCUCCACCACCACCGCCGGAAAACUUGGUUUACAGUCGCCUCGUGGUCAGAAGCCUUUACAAGUUAAUGUUAAAGGAGGGGGAAAAAGUAAUAAACCCCAAAUUACCCCUGGUGGAGAUGCAGGGUGGAAGAGGUGAGUGGAGAAAUCUUGUUAUUUGUUGUAGUCGGUGUUUUAUUUUAUUUUAAUUUAAUUUUGGUCUUAUGAGUGUUGUUAGUGAAUGUUGUAAUGUACAGUAGUAAUGAAGGCAGACAAAAAAGUAAGUUUGUUUUAUAUUUUUAAUUAUUUAUAGUCGCU